UCCUCCUCUGUGUCGGGAAGGCGUGCGGUACGCUGUCACACAUUCACUUCAACGCUGCUUGUGUUUUAUUUCCUGCCAAACUCCCAGCCAGCAGGAUAAAAAGCUCUGCAGCUCAGACCCAACAUGGGUUAGAAAGAAAGCGACCUAUGGAUUAUCCACUUUGUGCACUUCACCGAGGAUGAUGGGGGGAGAAACGGACUUGUUUUCGCAGAGACAUCCUGACAAAGACGGGGACUGAGAGGGAAUAGAAAUCGCUGCUUCUCUCUGUCUCGCUUUGCAGCUUUCUGUUUUGAAAAUUAUUUUUCCUGUUUUGCUAUUUUUAUUUUUUCAUUUCCCCGCGUGUGUGCGAGAGAGAGAAAUGUUUGCAGAAUUGCUGUGCGGCGCCGUGGCUCUGGUCCUGUAUGUCAACACUCUGGGCGCCGAUUUCUGCUACGAUGACAGCCGUGCAAUCAAGACCAAUCAGGACCUGCUUCCAGAGACCCCCUGGACAAAUAUCUUCUACGAUGACUUCUGGGGCACCUUACUCACACACAGUGGCAGCCAUAAGUCUUACCGGCCUCUUUGCACCCUCUCCUUCCGCUUCAACCAUGCUGUGGGUGGGCUGGAUCCCUGGGGUUACCACCUGGUUAACGUGGCCCUCCACGGGGCCGUGACGGGCCUUUUUACCUCCCUGGCUCGCCUGCUGCUUGGAGGAGGCCUGUGGAGCUUGCUGGCCGGCCUGCUCUUCGCCUCUCACCCCAUCCACACCGAGGCGGUGGCGGGUGUUGUGGGCCGGGCUGAUGAAGGUGCCGCCGUGUUCUUCUUGCUGUCCCUGCUGUGCUACAUGCGCCACUGCCAGCUGCGGGGCCACGCUGGGCCCUGGCGGCUCGUGGCCUGGUUCCUGGGCAGCCUGGGUUGCGCUGCAUGCAGCAUGCUGUGGAAGGAGCUCGGAGUCACCGUCCUGGCUGUGUCGGCACUAUACGACGUCUGCGUGUUCCACAAGCUCAAAUUGCGACAGGUCAUCAUGCUCCUCUACAAGAGAAAGAACGUCCACCUGCUGCUGAAUGUGUUUUUGCUGGCAGCCUGGGGAGCCGUCCUGUUGGCCUGCCGCUUCUACUGGAUGGGUAACAAACCUCCCAACUUCUCCAACUCCGACAACCCGGCAGCCGACUCACCCUCGCUCCUCACCAGGACUCUAACCUUUUCCUACCUGCCUGCCAUCAACUUUUGGCUUCUCCUUUGCCCUGACACGCUCAGCUUUGAUUGGUCAAUGGACGCCCUGCCUUUGAUCAGGAGUCUUGCCGAUUGGAGGAACUUUCACACGGCAGUCUUCUACCUUGGAUUGCUCUUGCUGGCUUGGUUCAGCCUGUGGACGCACCAGACGGCUAAAGGCAAGGAGACCAAUGGCAAAGCGCAUCAUUACACUAAUGGCAGAAAUGGGAACAGUAAUGGACACAGUUAUCAAUAUAACAAUCAUGAACAUAUGAACAAUUCCCACACGGACACUCAUAUUAAUAGUGCACAGAAUGGUACCAAAAAGCACUAUGAGAGCAGGACUCCACUGCCCACCACUGAAAACGUUGUGGUGUUCUCUCUAGGCCUGUUGGCUAUCCCUUUCCUCCCUGCCACAAACUUGUUUUUCUAUGUGGGGUUUGUGAUAGCAGAGAGAGUACUGUACAUCCCCAGCAUGGGCUUUUGUUUGCUGGUAGCAGUGGGGAUGAGGUCUCUGUACGUCCGUCUGCGACGCAGGUCCUCCAGGGCGAUGUUGGUGUACUGCAGCGCUGCCGUGGUCCUUCUUUUCGGUGUUAAAACUGUUUUGAGGAACAGGGACUGGAAGAAUGAGGAGAUGCUCUACAAGUCAGGGAUUUAUGUCAAUCCUGCUAAAGCAUGGGGCAACCUUGGAAAUGUCCUAAAGAGCCAGGGUGAGAUGGAGGAGGCUGAACAGGCGUACAGAAAUGCCCUCUAUUACCGCAGCAAUAUGGCCGACAUGCUGUAUAAUCUCGGUUUGCUGCUACAGGAGAGCAACAAGUUCUCUGAGGCGCUCCACUACUACAAGCUAGCCAUAGGGAGCCGGCCAACUCUGGCUUCGGCCUACUUGAACACAGGCAUCAUCCUGAUGAAUCAGGGUCGCCUAGAUGAGUCCAAGCGCACCUUCCUGACCUGCGCUGACAUCCCAGAUGAGAACCUGAAGGACCCCCACGCCCACAAGAGCUCAGUCACCAGCUGCUUGUACAAUCUGGGCAAGCUGCACCAUGAGCAGGGACACCAGGAGGAGGCCCUCACAGUGUUUAAAGAAGCAAUACAGAAAAUGCCAAGACAAUUUGCACCACAGAGCCUCUACAACAUGAUGGGAGAGGCCUACAUCAGACUGAACAAGCUGACUGACGCUGAACACUGGUACAGAGAGUCCCUGCGAGCCAAGCCAGACCACAUUCCUGCACACCUUACCUACGGCAAACUCCUGGCUAUGACGGGGCAGAAAACAGAAGCGGAGAGGUACUUCCUGAAGGCCAUCCAACUCGAUCCCGCAAAAGGCAACUGCUACAUGCAUUAUGGUCAGUUUUUGUUGGAAGAGUCGCGGUUGCUGGAAGCGGCGGAGAUGGCAGAGGAAGCCGCACGCCUGGACAGCGGGGAGUUUGAUGUGGUCUUCAGUGCAGCCCACAUGCUCAGACAAGCCAGUCUAAACGAGGCAGCCGAGAAGUAUUACGGACAAGCGGCGAGCCUGAGACCCAAUUAUCCUGCCGCCUUGAUGAACCUGGGGGCGAUCCUCCACCUCAACGGGAAGCUGCAACAAGCUGAAGCCAAUUACCUCCGAGCACUUCAACUGAAACCGGAUGACACCAUCACCCAGUCCAACUUGCGUAAGCUGUGGAACAUAAUGGAGAAACAGGGCCUGAGGACCUUGAGCCCCUGAGCUCCCCCUGCCCGCCUACCUGCCAUCUGUACGGCAGGCCUGGGGGAAAGGACGACCUACACGCUCCUUAUUCGAUCUUCUCAUCCAGGAAAGAUGGAAGAGACUCAGGGAGGAUGUUUGCUCAGAGAGGCCAUGACUGUGCCGCCCAGCCCUCCUAAUAACUCCUGAGCUCUGCAUACACCUCAGGCCAGCAGCUUUCCUCACAAGCAUUGCUCACAGUUUGGCAGGCGCUACGUGGUAUUUGGACUCUUUAGAACUUUCUUCUAAAUUAGUGCUCUCACAGGAACCACGUGUUUAUUUGUUUUUCUUAUUUUUCUUUUAUACCCAGAGCACUUGAACUUGAAGUAAAAUCAUAGGUGCAUCCUUCAACAUUUGUGAUGAAUUAGGUUUAAUUUUUUUUAAAUAAGCAAUUGUAGUUCAAAGGGGUGAAAAUGUGUCCUGGAGCAGUGUGAGAUAAGAUAUAAAAGAGAGAAAAUAAUGUCAGCGCACUGCACUGAGGGCAUUUUCCAUCUCAAUUUAAUAAAGUUGUUGUUUUGAUCUGAUGGUCUAUCUUGAUAAUGAAUAAAAACAAAAAUGAAGAAUUGCAUACCAUCCAAAAUCAACAAGUUAAGUUAACAUCACUAAAAACUAAAUGUUCAUCUUCAAUGGGUUACUUUUCAUCAUGAAGACAUGAUAUUAGCACCAUCACGGCAAACCAUUUGUAGCAGAUGUCUUGCGAUUUGGUGAAAACUUGAAAAAGGGAAUUUGGUUUGUUAGCCAUUACAGCACAACAUUAGCCUCUAAAAGCUCCACAAACUGCAGUCUUUGUCAAAUACAGUACUGUAUGUUUUGGCAGGAAAACUCAAAAGCAAAGGAAAUGGGACUCCUUUCACAUUGUAAUGCCUUAUAAUAAAAGGUGUGAAUUUUCCUCUAGCCGUGUACCGUAGCAUACAGGUGGAACAUUUUACUACUACUGCCUCUUGUUCUGCACUGGCAAUUGAUGCCAAGUCACCAGUAAGAACAACAGUACGAAGCUAAGAAUGGAAAUGACAAAGAGGCAGGUACCGUAGUUUUGGGUGCACGUCUCCCCACACGCCUGAAGCUCUUUCAAACUGAGUGUGUGGAGCUGAAACCGAUGAAAGUGUUCUUCUAACCAAAUAGAAAAGCUAUGCCGAUGCACACCUUCUCAUCACAGAACAAUGCACAGACAUAGCAUGUCUGACGAAAAUGUUUUAACGCCUAUGUUUUUGUUGGAAUAAAACAAAUGUCUUUGUGUUUGUUUAAAUGAAUCCUAAUAUAUACCUACAUUGUGUACAGUAUACAGAACGUUUUGCAGCAAAAAAAAAGUGGAAGCUCAGAUACUGGGCAAGUUUGGUUUGUUACAUGAAGUAUUUCUCAUAUUGUCAAUCUCAGUCUUAAGGUCUCAUGUUGUAUAUAUUCUGUGUAAUUAACAUCUAUUUGUUUGUUUGUUGUCAGCACUCAGUAAGUGAAACGGCACCUUGCGGAAAGUGAGAAUAUGUACAGUAUUAGUGAUCAUUUUGUUUGUUAUUGUCCACAAACCUCUUGAACUAUCUGUGUCCUUAGUUUAUACAUUGUAAGUUAUUGCUUUGUGUUACCUUAGCAACAGAACCAGCUGGCACUGUGUUUUUACAUGUAAAAUGAAGGAAGUCAGCGGAUGUGAUGUACACGUUUGUGGUCAUUACUGGGGAAAAUCUCCAAAUGGGGUUGGAUGGCUCAUUAUUGAUAAAUACAGAGUAACACCUACGAUGGAGGAUAAAAUGUUUAAUGUAUAUGUCACUCGUUACAGUCACAAUGGUGUCAACACUGUUCUGUUUUUGACUGUGAUGGUCACUAGUGAUAUGUUCAGUAAGAUAAUCACAGUUCACAUUCAUUCCUGCCCCCACACCUCACACAUCCCCUAAUCAAAGAGCUCGCUAAGUUCUCCUGCGUAUAUAAAAUGUUGAUGAACAAACACUGCUUGAGGGAAGAUGUAAAAAAAAAAAAAAAAAAGAAAGUUUCACUCUGUGUCUCUGCUCAGGGAUCUCAAGUGGUGGGUUAUUGCAGAAACUUG